AUAAAAAAAAAAGAAAGAAGAAGAAGAAAAAGAAGAAGAAGAAUCUCCUCUGCCUCUGUUCUUUCCUUCAACAAAGCCAUACACGAACAGAACAGGAAGCGACUAGCGAGCUCGAUGUUCUCGCGAGGGAGUGAGAGGGAGAAGCGCAGGGAUUGGAGUUGAAGCAAGAUGGUUUGUUCCGGUCGAAUUCUCGCGGUUUCGUUCCCUACUAAACCUGUGUUGCAUUGCAAUCCGUAUUUCUCCAACUCCAGAUUUCUUCAGGGCAAGCUCAAAUCCAACUUCAAAUGGCGCUCAAUGGCGUUGGAGCCCGACGCGUCGUCUUCGUUUGCUCCUUCCGUCGAUUCCGAUUCGUCAUCGGCUGAUAGAAACGCCCCCGGCUUUUGCAUCAUAGAAGGACCUGAAACAGUGCAGGGCUUUGCCAAAAUGGAGCUGCUAGAAAUUCAAGACAACAUCAGAAGUCGUCGAAACAAAAUUUUUUUACAUAUGGAGGAGGUUCGCAGGCUUAGGAUACAACAGAGAAUCAAAAGUGCUGAACUUGGAAUCUUUAAGGAAGAGCAAGAAAAUGAACUUCCUAAUUUCCCAUCAUUCAUUCCAUUUUUGCCUCCUUUGAGUGCAGCUAAUCUUAAGGUGUACUAUGCCACCUGUUUCUCUCUUAUUGCUGGGAUUAUCCUUUUUGGUGGUCUUAUAGCACCUACUCUGGAGCUUAGAUUGGGAAUUGGGGGCACAUCUUAUGAAGAUUUCAUUCGCAGCAUGCAUUUGCCAUUGCAGUUGAGUCAGGUUGAUCCCAUUGUGGCAUCAUUCUCUGGAGGAGCAGUUGGGGUGAUCUCAGCGUUAAUGGUGGUUGAAGUAAACAACGUAAAGCAGCAGGAAGAUAAAAGAUGCAAAUAUUGUCUAGGAACUGGAUAUCUUGCUUGUGCUCGCUGUUCAAGCACAGGAUCACAAGUUCUUAUUGAGGCAGUCUCAACAGUUAGCGGUGGAGAUCAGCCUCUUUCACCGCCCAAAACUGAGAGAUGCUCUAGCUGUUCGGGGUCAGGAAAGGUCAUGUGCCCUACAUGCCUUUGUACUGGGAUGGCAAUGGCGAGUGAGCAUGACCCACGAAUUGAUCCCUUUGACUAAAGUUGCAUCGUCCUCUCCUACUUUGCCUUUUUUAUAUUAUUUGAGUUGUAGAGCUUUUCUUUACACGAAAGCUAAGCCAUCCUGUAUAUACUACAAAAACAAGAACGCUGUGAAUGCACAUUUGGACGACUUGAAUUUCUACAAUGAGUGAUUUCCACCUAAA